CUUUAAAAUAGUUUGUCGCUGCAUUUAUGUGAAGAGUAUUUUGUUUAGAAAUUUUAAAACCUUUUGCUUGUGUAUAUAGGCAGUAAAAAAAAUAUUGAAAAAUGGAAAUGUUUUUAUCUUUUGUUUGCAUGCUUGUUUGCAUCAAUUUAAUGGAAGGAAUUGCAGCUCAACUUUUAAGUAAAAUUGAAGUAAACCAAUCAAUUUUUAAUACAUCAUAUACAAAUUUCUCCUUUUAUUUAACCUCAAUUCAAAUAACACCUGUUAACUACACUGUAAAUAUGUCUUCAACCUCAGUUCAAAUAAAACCUGUUAACUACACAGUAAAUAUUUCUUCAAACUCAAUUCAAAUAAAACCUAUUAACUACACUGUAAAUAUGUCUUCAAACUCAAUUCAAAUAAAACCUGUUAACUACACUGAAAAUGCGUCUUCAACCUCAAUUCAAAUAAUGCCUAUAAACUACGCUGUAAAUAUGUCUUCAACUUCAAUUCAAACAAUGCCUAUAAACUACGCAGAUAAUGUGUCUCCAACCUCAAUUCAAAUAACACCAGUAAACUACACUGAGGACGUGUCUUUAGUAAAGAGUACAUUUGAUAUCUCAAAUGUAAUUAUUACAACAACAUUUAUGAAUAUGGAAUCUUAUAACUUUCCAAUCAAUGUCAACACUCAAAUAAAUAACCGCCAAAGUUUUUAUUUUAACACUAUAAACUCUACCUUAUCCAAAAAUUUUACUAAUUCUUUUACUUAUUCAUUGGUACCAACAGCAAAAACAACAGCUUCACCACUUGUUAUGAAAACUUUUAAAAUGAAGUAUGAUCUUGAUUUUAAUGCAACAGUUGCCAAUUUAAGUGGAAUAAUAAAUGCAACAGAUGUCUUUUGCAAACCAUGGUUAUCUUUUAAUAUAUCAGUCAGUAUUAACUGCUCAAUUUCUGAUGGAAGUGUUUUUGUAAUUUCUCAAGUCAGAGGAUCACAAGAUAAUUUAAAUCUCUAUGAAUCAAAUGUUAGAUCAAGUUUAACAAGCAACGGCUUUAAUGUAAUGGUAUAUAACAAUCAAAUUCAACCUGACCCAACUUUGAUAGUUAUUGACCAAAGUACUACUGAACCUGCUGCUUCUACGUUAAAUAAUAAGUCCUACAUUGUGAUCAUUGUGGUUGUGGUCAUAAUUUUAAUAAGCAUUAUUAUUAUUGGUGCAUUUGUUCAUCUUUCAAAAAAAAAGAAAAGAAAAGUUAAGACCAAAGUGUCCUCAACAAGCAGUAUGAGAGAAUUGCAACUAAACGCUCCUUUAAAUCAUUCAAAGCGAGGAGGUAACCCUGGAAACCAGAAUCAAGCAUUUGAGGAAUAAUGUGUUGCACCAAUUCAAAAUUGAUUCUUUAAACUGAUUAUUUCUAAAAAAUCAAAAAAUAAAACUUUUUUUAAUUUUGUCUUUUUAUAAAAGAAGUAUUUUUAUCUGUAAAAGAAAAAAAAUGUUUUGAAAUAUUAAUUGGAUUUUUUUUUUUUCAUCUUUUUUAUCUUUUUCGUCUUACAAGAAUAGCCUUUAUCUUUUUCGGAUAAUGAUAUAAAUUUAUUUAUACAAUAUCUUAUUUAAGCUCUUGUGGCUUGACACAUCUUAUUUUGUAUUGCCAUUUUUAAUACCUAUCAUAGGUUUAAACACUUGUUGUGUAUAAACACUUUAUUUUAACAAACAAAUUAUUUAUUCUUUUGUAUCUAGUAAAAAGUCGAACUAAAUUUGAUUCGAAAGAAAUAUGAGCAAUUUUAUUUUUGUUUUUUUGCAUAUUUUGAAAUAAUAAUAAUUAUACGGUAAAUUUAAAGACUUUUUCAAAUGUUUCUUUUAAAAUUUGAAAAUUAUUGUAAAUAAUAUUUUACCAUUUACAAAAUUACGGGUUGUAUACGUAACACUUGUAUAUUUCACCGGUUUUAUUUUUUUACCGGCUGCAUCGUUUUGUCCAAUUUUUGUUUUGUAUCAAAAUUUUUAAACGUGA